CAUCGUGUGGCUUCCACGCUGCUGGCCGGGGAGAAGAGGGGAGGUGGUAGGCCGCUUUAUCUCCCUCCUUCCCCCCAGUGUUUAACAUUUCCGCCGUCACCCAUAGCUGAAUAUCUUUUCCUGCGGUAAGUGGCCCGGGUGUUAAAGUUGGUGUCCAUUGAAAAACAAAGCUACAGUUAUACCAGACAAUAUGGCAGACAAACUAACGAGAAUAGCUAUUGUCAAUCAUGACAAAUGCAAGCCAAAGAAAUGUCGUCAAGAAUGCAAAAAGAGUUGCCCUGUUGUAAGGAUGGGAAAAUUGUGCAUUGAAGUGACUCCACAAAGUAAAAUUGUAUGGAUAUCCGAAACCUUGUGCAUUGGAUGUGGUAUCUGUAUCAAGAAAUGUCCCUUUGUAGCAUUGUCAAUUGUCAACUUGCCGAGCAAUCUGGAGAAGGAAACAACCCACAGAUAUUGUGCCAAUGCCUUUAAACUUCACAGGUUGCCUAUUCCCCGACCUGGAGAAGUACUUGGGUUGGUUGGUACAAAUGGUAUCGGAAAAUCUACAGCAUUGAAAAUUUUGGCUGGAAAGCAGAAGCCAAACCUUGGAAAGCAUGAUGAUCCUCCAGACUGGCAGGAGAUCUUGACCUAUUUCAGGGGGUCAGAGUUGCAGAAUUACUUCACCAAAAUUUUGGAGGAUGACCUGAAGGCCAUCAUUAAACCUCAGUAUGUGGACCAAAUUCCAAAAGCUGCAAAGGGACCUGUGGGUACCAUAUUGGAUAGAAAAGAUGAGACAAAGACACAGAAAUCUGUAUGUGAUCAACUAGACCUUACUCAUCUGAGAGACAGAAACGUGGAGGAUCUUUCUGGGGGAGAGCUACAGAGGUUUGCUUGUGCGGUUGUCUGUAUCCAGAGAGCAGACAUUUUUAUGUUUGACGAGCCAUCUAGUUAUUUAGAUGUCAAGCAACGCCUCAAGGCUGCUAUUACCAUCAGAUCUCUGAUUAAUCCAGAUCGCUACAUCAUUGUUGUGGAACAUGACCUCAGUGUGUUGGAUUAUCUCUCCGACUUUAUUUGCUGCUUGUAUGGCGUCCCAAGUGCAUAUGGUGUGGUAACCAUGCCGUUCAGUGUCAGAGAAGGCAUAAACAUUUUCUUGGAUGGCUACGUUCCUACUGAAAACUUAAGGUUCAGAGACACUUCUCUGGUUUUUAAAGUGGCUGAGACUGCCAAUGAAGAAGAUAUCAAGAAAAUGUGCAUGUACAAGUACCCCUCCAUGAGGAAGUUGUUGGGAGAGUUCCAACUGAGGAUUGUCGCUGGGGAGUUUACAGACUCUGAAAUCAUGGUCAUGCUUGGAGAGAAUGGGACCGGAAAAACCACCUUUAUCCGAAUGCUUGCUGGGAGGCUAAAACCUGAUGAAGGGGGUGAAGUGCCCGUUCUUAAUGUGAGUUAUAAACCGCAGAAGAUCAGCCCCAAAUCAUCAGGAACUGUUCGCCAGUUGCUGCAUGAGAAGAUCAGAGAUGCCUACACUCAUCCACAGUUUGUGACAGAUGUGAUGAAGCCAAUGCAGAUUGAAAGUAUAAUAGAUCAAGAGGUGCAGUCUUUGUCCGGUGGUGAGUUACAGAGGGUGGCCUUAACUCUAUGUUUAGGUAAAGCUGCGGAUGUGUAUCUAAUUGACGAGCCAUCAGCAUAUCUGGAUUCUGAACAGCGUCUCACAGCCGCCAGAGUAAUCAAAAGAUUCAUUCUCCACGCCAAGAGGACGGCUUUUAUUGUUGAGCACGAUUUUAUAAUGGCGACUUAUCUUGCUGACAGAGUCAUUGUGUUUGAUGGUAUACCUUCCAAAGAUACUGUUGCUAACAGCCCUCAAACACUAUUGGCUGGCAUGAACAAGUUCUUGUCACAGCUGGAAAUCACGUUUAGGAGAGAUCCUAACAACUACAGACCAAGAAUAAACAAAAUGAAUUCUAUUAAGGAUGUGGAUCAGAAGAAGAGUGGCAACUACUUUUUCUUAGACGACUAAGCUAAAACCCACACCUUUCUACAACCGAAGAAAUCAAGCCUCUCUGAUGUAUGAAACAUUGUUUCAUACAACCUUCUGCAUUAUGUUGCAGGAUAAAGUAAAACUGACCAAGAACUGUUGUGAUUGGCCACAUAAGAAAAGUUCAUAAAAAGUGCAAAGUACAAUUUAUUGUAUGGAUUGAGAACCUGGCAAUCUAAUUUAUUCACUUUUCAAUAUUCAGAUUAAUUGUCCCCAAUUUUAGACCUUUGUAAACUGGAUUUCUUUGAUGGUUUACAUACAAUGCUGCCAUAAAGAACAUGAUCUUAUUUUAAAGAGAGCCUAAACUUCAAGGUUUUGAAAAAUAAAUAUUACCUAAAGUGAA